GGAGAGCGGGCGGGCGGGACGCCGGCGGCAGGGCGGGCAGGCAGCAUGGGAUUCACCUUGGAGAGCCUGCGGGAGGCUAUGAAGUACAUGGUGGAGUCGCAGGGCUUCGACCGGGUGCUCCGCAAGAUGAAACUUGUUUCUGCAACUCCUGGAAAAAUUGUUUGUGAAAUGAAAGUAGAGGAGGAGCAUACAAACAGAGGUGGCACAUUACACGGAGGUCUGACAGCCACACUUGUGGAUGUGGUGUCAACAGCAGCCUUGCUGUACACAGAAAGAGCAUUGCCUGGGGUCAGUGUGGACAUGAACAUCACAUACACUUCUGCUGCUAAGAUUGGAGAAGAUGUACUGAUUACAGCUGAGAUUUUGAAGCAAGGAAGAAAUAUUGCAUUUGCCAGCGUGGAUUUAACAAAUAAGGCAACAGGAAAGUUAAUUGCACAAGGUAGACAUACAAAGUAUCUAGGAAAUUAAUAUAAGUAAUUUAAAAAAUAAUAAAGUUGGACUUAGGAAUCUCAUACAGAAUGAUUUCUUCAUUUAUGUAAUAAGAUAGCAUCUGCACAAAGUUGUGAUAGUCUAUAUAAAGUGAAUUAGUUUCACUCCCAUAAUAAACGAACAAAUUUCUUAAUUACCACCAGAGUUGCUACAAGCCUAAAAUCAGUGCCUAUUUGGGGAUGAACAACAGAGUGUGAUACCAUGGGGAUGCAUCUGACCUUUUUUGGUGAAGACAGCAGGAGGACCAGAGCCUUUGGGCUAGCCAUAUGGCUUAUCAGUAUGACUUUUCUAAGAGAUCUCAGUUUUCUUUGCCUGUGGUGGUGGUGUGUGACAAAGCAACCCUGUCUUCACAGCUAUCACAGUCACAUUCUAGCAACGCUAUAUAUGCUUAUAAACUAAGCUACUUGUUCUGUAAGAUGGUAGUAGAGUUCCUAUAACACAGUGUGAAACUGGUUUGAAAGUGUAAAGUAGGUUAAUACAGAAUGUUGUUUAUUGAUGCUGUAAUAAAUUCAAAAGUAUUCAAUAAAGCUUUCUGAAACUA